GGGACGUAUUCCGCGGGAUUGUGACUUUUUAGGGUCCCGGGAGCUUAAGUCCUUCUGGCUCAAGAAUCGGAGCUCGAAGACAAAUUUUGCACCGAGGAUGGAGGCGACGCUUUCGUAGCUGUCCGCGUAGCGUUUCGCUGCUGCCGCACAUUUUGCUUUGUCUGUUAGGAGCUGUUUCUGUCUCUCUCGGUGGUCAUGCCAGCUUGUGAGUUCAUUUUUUUUGAAAUUGUUUUUACCUCCUGGUGAUAUCGAAAUGUGCUCUUGAGAGCUUAGCUUUUCUGAUUGCGUAAGCACAGCGUGGGAGAGAGAGAGGGAUGGUGAGUGUUGAGAUUUGGUUUUGUUGAAAGGAUAGAGGCGUUGUUUGGGGAGGCGACGUCAUGAUUUUCCGAAGCUGGCGAGUGCCCGUUAAGGGUUGGAAUGAUGAAGGGAAGGUCAUCUCUGUUGGGGAUUAUCUGCGCUUAGCUCUGAAUCUGGGAGAACGUGGUAGCGGAGCUUUAUGUUUUGUGAUAGUCGAGUACUCUUUCUUGGAUUUGUAUGGAAGUAUUUAGUAGCCCAGACCGAAUUUAGUCGGUAGGGUUGAUGUGACGAUUGUCGGCGUUAGCUAGUUGCCUUCCAUGUCGAGAGCCAAUUAGAGUUCCGAUUCUGAGGUUAUCGAGGCUGGUCUUAUUAGAAGAGUAUCUCUAUGGCACUGCCUUUUGUAUUAAGCCGUAGAUGCAUCAUUGGUUUUUCUUAGGAAUUUGUAUUUCAGGACAGGAUAGAUUUGGUGAAAAUCUUGUAAAUACCAGUCCUGUAGCAUUUUAACCGCGACGUUGCUAGACAAUUUCGAGAACCUAUUGAAACUCGAAAAUGCAGACUCCCCCGUUUCUUCACCUGGAAACGAUGAAUUGCCGUGAAGAAGCGGAAGCCGUGUUCUGUUAAUGACAAUAUAUAUUUGGACAUGCUGGUGUGAAGAUUUGUUGUUGAUUAACAGAAUCAUCUGAAGGACUGAAAUAUAAUUAGGUUCUACGUGACUAAGUACAAGGUAGGCCCAGUAGGAGUAGGGAUUGUUAUGCCCCUAAUUGCGAGCCAAAACAGAUUUGGUUUUUGGCUUCUGUGGGUACUUGCUAAUCGAAGCAAAUUUUUAAGUCGGUGCUUUUGAAGCCAGGGAAAGGGGCAAGUUCAGUGUACGUGAAGAGAGUAGCAUAUGGCAAUUAACAACCGAAGUGCCGAUAUGGUGUGGGAAUGUGAGGGUUGCGCACACUUGUAGCUAGAAGGGGGGAAAGGGGAAUCUGAACAUGACCCAUCGGAUUGGGAAGGAUGAAGGAUGACACGGGCAUGGACAAUGCUACAGUGGCACUAUACUCGGAGGUGCUGGCGAGGAUACCGAAGGAAGUUGAGCUCGUUGAGGAAUCUGCCAAAGGAGUGUUGAUAGGAAAGGAGAGUUUCAGAGUGUUGUCCAGAUAUCUUGAGAGUAUUCGCUCAGUUCUGCAGGAGCUCACUGGCAAGAAGGUGAGCGACCCUGCGGCUAUGCAGGUUACUCUGAUAUCCUUAGAACAAGAAAUAGUAAAGUUGAAAAACAUCAUCGACAAGUUCUCCUCAAAGAGCAAGUUCUACCUCAUUUUAAAAUGUCAGGAUUUUCUCAAGGAAAUUGAGGACGUUACUCAUGAGCUUGGUUAUUGUUUGAAUUCCGUUCCCGUGGCCAAUUCAGACCUAGCCGUGGAGAUUCAGGAAAUGAUGUCCAAGUUGUCUAGUGAUAUGCGUAAGGCUCAGUUUAAACCUGCCACGGUUGAGGAGGCCAUUAUUAAUGAAAUCAAAGUUGGUAUCCAUGACCAGCAGUCGAACUCUAAGUAUGCGAAUUAUCUGCUGUUGCAAAUUGCAAGAGCAGUUGGGGUCUCAACGAAUCCAUCGUCUCUUAAGUUGGAGCUGGAUAGUCUCAAGAAAGAAAAGGAAGAUGCACGCUCACGGGAGAACCAGGAAGAAUAUCGGUACCUUGAGCAGAUAAUUGCGAUACUUAGUUGUGCGGAUGCAGCCACUUCUGCAAGUGAAAAGGGUUUAAAUUAUCAAAAGAAGAGAGGUUUGGGUGGUUGGGGUGGACAUCCCCUUCCGCCUCUGCAAUCCUUCUACUGCCCAAUUACCCAUGAAAUUAUGGAGGAGCCAGUUGAUAUAGCGUCAGGUCAAACAUAUGAAAGGUAUGCGAUCGAGAAGUGGUUUUCCGCUGGAAAUUCUAAUUGUCCCAUCACAAAAGUUGAGCUUGAGAACCUUCAGAUCAAGCUGAACCUUGCAUUGAAAAAGUCCAUACAAGAAUGGAAAGAGAGGAAUAUAGCUAUCAGUAUCGCCGCCACAAAGCCAAAGCUACAAAGUACCAGUGAGAGUGAGAUUUGUUCUGCGUUGAGGAUGUUGCUGGAUUUGAGUGAAGAGAAGGGUAUCCAUCGGUACUGGAUUGCUCUUGAGGGUCUCAUUCCGUGUUUAGUUCAGCUCCUAUCAUCUAGUCAGAGAACCGUUCGUAAGGAGACUCUUGAAGUGCUUCGUAGUCUGUCUAUCGACAACAAAGAAAACAAGGAGCACAUUGCAGCAGCGGGGGCAAUCAAGUUAGUAGUGAAAUCGCUGGCUAGGGACUUAGGAGAAGGUAGACAAGCAGUGGCACUGUUACGAGAGCUCUCCAAAGAUCCUGAAAUCUGCGAGAAGAUUGGUAAGGUACAGGGAUGCAUUUUACUGCUCGUCACUAUGUUGAAUGCCGAGAACCCUCACGCUGUAACUGAUGCCAAGGAGCUUCUCAAUGAUCUUGCAAACAAUGACCAGAACGUUGUUCAAAUGGGCGAAGCAAAUUAUUUUGGACCUCUCACCCAACGUCUGAACGAAGGUCCGGAUAUGGCGAAAAUCCUUAUGGCUAACGCUUUGUCACGGAUGGGGCUGACGGACCAAAGCAAAGCAGCUCUUGCAGCGCAAGGAGCCAUUCCACCUUUGGUGAGCAUGAUCUCUAUAGGAAAAUUGGAAGCAAAAACGGCAGCUUUGGGAGCAUUGAAGAAUCUCUCAACGCUGCCUGACAAUCGAGACACAAUGAUUGAAGCUGGGGUAAUUCCUCCACUUCUACAGCUCUUAUUUUCCGUGACUUCUGGCAUGACGAGCUUGAAAGAGAAUGCAGCUGCUACUCUUGCAAAUCUCGCCAUGGCGAGCACGACAGCAGAAGACAAGAUUGACCACCAUUAUAACAUUCUCGAAUCAGAUAAAACCAUGGUCCAUUUACUGUCGUUACUCAACAUUGAAGGGGCAGUCAUUCGGGGACAUCUACUCCGUGCACUUCUGGGCAUGUCCAGCAUCCCAAAUGCUCGGGAAGUGCGAACCAAAAUGCGAAAAGUUGGCGCCAUCCAGCUUCUCCUUCCUUUUUGUGAGGAUACCGUUGAAGAUGUUCGUAUUCACGCGCUCAAGCUUUUGAAGUGCUUGUCAAGCGAGGGAGCAGGGAAGGAUAUUGCUGACCACUUAGGGCCGAGCUACAUAAGAGCAUUGGUGAAGUUGCUUGGGGACUCGAGUGGAGAUGAAGAGAAACUCGCGGCUGUGGGGAUUAUUAGUAAUCUCCCCACCACCAGCGCUCAGAUGACGGAUAUCCUCUUGCAAGCCGACGCAUUAGCUGCCAUUGUGAACCUCCUUAUCCCCUCGAGGGGAUUGAAGAGUAGCCCUCGGGCUGUGCGGAAUGCACUCUCAGAGAGCGCUACUGGAGCUCUCUUACGUUUCACGUCUCCUGAAAACCCCAACGUUACAGCACACCGUCAAAAAGCAGCUGACCUCGACGCAAUCCCUCGUCUUGUCACGAUUUUGCAAACUGGGACACCAUUGGCGAAGUGCAGGGCUGCUAUUGCUCUCGGUCACUUUUCUCUCAGCAGCGAUAGUCUCGCUUCAAUAGACAACGUCCCCCAGUCGUGCUUGCUCUGGUGCAGACCCGCCACGCCCGCGGGUUGCUGCAUCCAUGGUGGCCCUUGCACCGUAAAGAGUACGUUUUGUUUGGUGAUGGCACAAGCAGUGCUACCUCUAGUGCAAGCGCUGGAAGAGCAAGAGGACGGAGCUGAUGACGCAGCGCUCACUGCCCUCAGAACGCUUCUUCUCAACGAUGCAACCCUGGAGAAUGGAGUUAAGGUGAUAGCGCAAGCGCAAGGCAUCCGUCCCAUCGUUCGGUUAUUGACGGUAGGGAGUGUGGAUGUCAAGGAGAAGGCAGUGUGGAUGCUCGAAAAGAUUUUUCGCAUUGAGGAGUACAAGGUUGAGUUUGGGAGCGCAGCGCAGAUGCCGCUGAUUGACUUGACGCAGAACGGCUCCAUCGUAACGCGUCCUCUGGCAGCCAAGAUCCUGGCGCAUUUGAACAUCCUCCACAGUCAGUCGACGUAUUUCUAAUAGGGUUUUGUAGUGGGACGGAGAGAAAGCUGUGUCCCUCGAAGUGUUUGUGAUUGUAACUUGGAUCGCAUGUAAUUUUCUCCCACAUUUGUAUUAUCACGCAUUCUUUUGUGCUCGUUGCGAAUCAAGAGGUAACUGGUACAAUUUUGUCGA